GAUCUGUAAUAAGGUAGGGCACUGAUAAUAAGUCGUUGACAGGUAUGAUAUACAGUAAUGUAAAAGUAGGAAUAAUGCAAUUUGGGGAUAUUCAAAUGCAUAAGUAACGCGAGUUUUAAACUUGAUUAUUUGAACUUAAACUUAUAUCCAUCCGUUGCUUAACUCGGGACCGCUCAGAAGCACGCCUGCUCAACUGUGAUGGCACGACACUCAUGUAAAUACAGAUGUGGUGACGUUUCGGGCAAUGGUUCAUCUGUAUGCCAUUAUGAAGGCGUGUGUGUGAUCAGAUCGAUACUCAUUUAUUGACGCCGGUUACAAGUACAGUACAUGCCCACAUUAUUGCGUGAUUUUGGCCGAUCGCAAAACGCUAUAAUUUUAAAAAAGUUAUUUUGUACUUCUGAAAUGAAAACACUGAGGAAGAUGUAGACCUUAGAUGUAUAUCUACUGUAUAAUAUACAUUUGUUAUUUUUUUAAAGAGGGUUAACGGAAUUAACUUUUAAAAAAUAUAUAUAAACUCGGACUCGCCCACGUGACCGAACGCUCGUUUUCGCGGGAAACCUGAACAUGGCGGCGUACGCAAUGUUUACGUUUUUGUACAGCGAGUGAAUCAACCAAAACAAAUAAAACAGGCACAGUCAUAACAGGCACAACUUACAACAUCGGAGGUCGUGGACGUCGUCGCAUAGCCGGGUGCGCCACCGACACUGGCCACUGGAUGCGUUAGGCCAUCCGGUGAGUGACCGGUGAGUGACCGGUGGUCGUGCGAAGCCGCACCGGCGUGGGCAAGGUGAGCGGUGGCACGGACGGUACGGGAACCGCCGGCGGCAUGGAGGCGCGCAUUCUGCGUGUGCGGCAGGUGCUAACCCUGAUGGAGCAGACGCUGGAGUGCCCCAUCUGCCUGGACAUCAUGAAGGAGCCCAUCUCAACCAAGUGCGACCACCAAUUUUGCCGCUUCUGCAUUCUGGAGCUGCUGGAAAAAAGCAAAGGCCCUGCACUGUGCCCGAUGUGCAAGGAAACAGUUACCCGGCGGAGCUUGCGGGAGAACCCCAUGUUUAAGCAGAUUGUGGUCGGGGUGCAGCGUACGAUGCAGGCGUUUGAGGAGGACACAGGCCUCCAGUUCACUGCAGUGCCUGGGCCCCCGGAGGUUUCGGUGUGGGGGUCCCCGCAGUCGGAGCCAAACAGGCGUGCGCGCGGCUCCAGACGCCCGCGUACGCUGGGUCAGUCUCGCGCUGGCGCCACCAGUCUUUCGGAGACUGUCUCCUCCCGCCCGAAGAGACAGAGGGCUCGGCCGAACUACGUAGAGUUAGGCCUGGACUCAUUGUCGGAUGAUGGUGAGCCUUGGAUCAGUGCCCUUGCUGCAGAGGAUGGGUUGAAGAGUUCGUCGUUCCGGCGGCCUCGAGCGGAGCGUGGUGGGGACACGAGGAGCGACGGCGCACGGCAGCGGGGUGAAGCGCCAUCGGCGCCGCCCCCACUCGCUGGCGAGUGGUCACGUGACUCGACGGGCGUCGCUGGCGACACCAAUCCCAAGAUGGAACCCUCGCCCGGUUCUGCCGCACCAUCGGGGAUCGCGGCUGCCAUGGUUCGAAAAGAUGAUGCAAGCUCCCCGGCGCCGGCAACUGUGAGUGGCGAAAUCGCCGAAGAGGUCAAAAUCGCGGCGCCACCAGCUAAGAAAUCGAAGCGCGUAAGCAUCCGGAAGGUGAAGGAGUGGCUGCAGAAGAUGGAUGUUGCUGGUGAACCCAAAUCCGCGUCCACAGACCAUGUGGACGGCGCUGAUAAAGACGACAAUGAGGGUGGCGGUGGCGGUGAUGGUGACAUGGCUGAUGGUGGCGGUGAUGGCGCUGCAGACAGCAUAUCUGGAGGCUCAGAGCGCACGACACUACUGGAGGAUCGUUCAAUGGAGGUGUCCCCGGUGCCGGUGGUAGUGCCAUUGAUGGAGCUGGAGAAGCCACUGCUGACUAUGAACCCCGGGGACCGGCUUUUCGGCAAGCGCUACGGCCGACGGCACAAGCUGCUACCGCGGGCACGGGUACAGGCGGCAAAGCGCAGUCGUGGGGCUUUGGCGCCAGUCUGUGCUUCUACAAGGGUCGCUGUUGAUGGUGCUGGUGGUUCUGGUGGCGUUGUUCGUGUGGUUGGUACUGCUGGCGCGCCUGACGAUGCCAUCACGGCGGAGAUGGGCCAGGUUGCGGCGAGCACGCGCCCUCCGAGCACCGGCAAGGUUGUGGGGAAGCGCCGGCCUCGCCGAUCCACGGAGAUGUCUCUGGAGGACUUCAUACGGAGGGAACCUCCAAGCGCCGUAGCGUCGACCACCGGCUCCGUGCACGCUGUCCGUGAGGAUGGCGGCAUGCGGGUAGUCAAGACAAGACCCAAAAGGCGAAAACUUAAAAAUGAGGCAUCCUCUCACAUGAAGAAUGAAGCUUCCCCGCACCAAGGAAAUAAUGGUUUGCCCCAAGAACAAGGGGAGAACAAUGGGGUACCCCUACAGCAAAGAGAGAAUGGUUUUGCCCUUCAGCCAGAUACAGAUGCAUCUCCUAAGCAGGGAGGAGAGAACAGCCCAUCCCUACCACAGGAUAUAAACACUUCUCCCCUGCAGCAGGCAGUGAACGAGACGCCGCUGCAGCCACAGCAGCAGCCGCAACUGCUCAGAAAAAGCGCGUCGGCACAAAAGCGUUCGGCCGCUAAGGUUCACCGGUAUCACUCAGUAGGGGACGGCAGCAAGAGCCGGCGCCGUUUGGAGCUGCAGGUUGGUGGCCCAAGCCAUGUCAGCUGGGUGCCGGCCUCCAUCGAGUGCUUCAGCAGCAGCGAGGACGCCCUGCGAAACUCUCCGCUGCAGGCCAACAAGCGCCGCCGCUCGCUGGGGAUUCUGGGGAAGGAUGUGCGGCUGGCAGACAACGACGAGGGCCUUGCUCGCCCGCGAGUAACUCCUCCAUCCGCCGAGGUCGCCGAUGACGGUGCAGGUGGCCUGCACGAGAACCGGAGCGUUUUGCCGGGCCAGAAAUUGGCGCGGCUGUGUGACCACAAGUGCCAUGGUUCCCCGUCGGUCGUGCCGGAGACACCGUGCUCGCCCGCGUCCCUGCUCCUCGUUGCUGACGGUGCUGCCGGUGGUGGUGUCGUCACGGCACCGGCGCUGGCGAGGAGGUGCGUUGUCUGCCUAGAGAGGAUGCCCCCCGGCGCGGUUACCGCGGGGUCGACCGUGGCUUCCCCGCGAGAAGCUCACCGCGCCCGCCAUGGAACCGCCACCACCGAACCAGAGCACAAGCUGGGCAGCAAGGAUGCUGACUGUUGCGGUGACGAGGUCUCACCGAUCGACACGCCGGAUGGCCUGCUGGUGCUGCUGGAGGAAGGUGCGGAGCAAGAUGGCAGGGUCUCGGAGGGCGGCCGAGAACAUGGCGGCGAUUGCACGGGGGUGAUGGCGGUGACACUGACCCCGGCGGAAACUCUUGUGGAGCGAAGAGGUGGCCCGGAAGAGGCAAGCGGCAGCGGCAGCAAUGGCAGUGUGGUCGAGAAUAGCCAGUCACUGCUGCACCCUCAGCUCGAGCGCUCAGGGACAGAGGAGGGAGCGACAGGUGCUGGCGAGGCCUUGUCGCUGGUGGACGUUUCCGUUGCAUCGCAGAUGCAGCAGGGGCUUACGCGCAGUGUGUUAAAUUUUCAGCAGGAGCCAACUCUAAAUAAGUCAGACUCGCAGCUGGAACCAACGGAAGAUAAGUUAGACCCACAGGAGGUACGAAUGCAAGAUAAGUUAGACACGCACCAGGAAAUAACGCCGUACAAGUUAUACCGGCAGCAGGAGCGAACGCAAGAUGAGUUAUGCCCACAAGGGGACCUAACGCAAUAUAAAUUAAACACGCAUCAGGAACUAACACCACCUGAUUUAAGCGCACAACAGGCAUCAAUGCCUGAUUCAUUGCCUCAGCACCAGGAGCCAAUUGCGACUACAUUGAUCCCUCAGCAAGAAUCAAUGGGCAAUGACCUGGACUUGCAGCAGCUGCUAAACGAAGCUGCAAAUUUUCCACGUGAGGUGAAAGAUGUAAGUAAGGGCGUGGGGAGCGUGGAGGAUGGCGUGGUGAGCAUGGAGGAUAGCGAGGUGGACACACAGGUGGCACUCCUCUCUUUCCUGCCCUCCAAGAGACGCUCGUUCCUCUUGGUGAGUCCUGGCACCUCUCACCAGGUGGGUGUUCACCAAUCCGAGACCCACCGGACGGAAGAGCACCAGACCAGCACCCACCGGGGCAGUGGUAACCAAGCCGAGACUCGCGGAGCCGAUGAAAAACAAACCAUCUCUCGCCACACUGGUGAUAACCAAACUAUUAUUCCCCCAAACGGUGAUAAUCAAACUGGUGAUAACCAAACUAUUAUUCCCCCAAACGGUGAUAAUCAAACUGGUGAUAACCAAACUACCAUUCACCAGACUGGCAAGCACCAAAUCAUCUCUCUCCAAACUGCUGAUAACCAAACCAUCACUAACCCAACCGGUGAUAAUCAAACUGGAGAUCACCAAACGAUCUGUCGCCAGACUGGUGAUCACCAAACCAUUUGUCGCCACACUGGUGAUAACCAAACUAUUAAUCAGCAGACUGAUGUUAACCAAACCAUCACUCACUCGGCCAGUGAUAAUCAAACUGGUGAUAGCCAAAUCAGCACUUACCAGAGCGGUGAUAACCAAACCAUCACUCGCCAAAUUGGUGACAACCCAAUCAGCACUUCUCAGACCAGUGACAAAAGCAGCAUUCACUGGACCGGUCAUAAACAAACCAACAGUCACAAACCUGUUGAUAGCCAGAACAACGCUCACCUGGCAAGCUUGCCACUACUUAGCACUAAUGAAGUCGUCCUCCACCGAGCCGACGCUCACCGCACCGUCACAGACGCGAUGUGCGCCCGCUGGGCUGAACCUCCACGUCGCGGUAACCGGCUGACGAAGAGAACCCAUGCCGGCAGAUGCGCGCGAGGCUCCGGCUCCUCCUGGCGCUCAUCCUCACCGUCGCCCGGCCGAGAGGCCACGCUUCGGGGGGGCGCCGGCAGUGGCGACGAGUCAAACGACACGCUCCAACUUCGGCACGGAACGGCGCUGCCCCUCCCGGUUCCGGCCGGUGAUGCGGCGCUUAGUCAGAGUGGCACAGACGGCACUCCUGACAUCAUCAUGCCCACCCAGCGAAAUACAACCGACAGUCGGCCCGGUUCGUUGGCUGCACGUAGCCAUACCAGCGCAACCACUAGCAGCCAGGAAGAUUCCAGUGGUCGACCGUCCAUCUCGACAAUGGCCGACAGCCAGCCGGAGAAAGUAAUCGGCAACUCGCCGCUGCUAACCUGCUGUCAGUCCGAUAUGGUCGUUGGCAGCGGCACGGGUGUGCGUCUUGGGCGGCGGCGGUCGCUCAUUCCAUGUUGUGAACAGCCGGAGGUGAAAGUGGUCGACAGCUCGCCGUCCAUAGCUGUUGACAACAGCCAGUCGGUCGCCGUUAUCAGUGUCAGUGACUUGGCGGUCUCGGCCGUGAGCAUCUCGCCGCACGUAGCUACUGCGCGAGGCCGGAAGCAGCGGCGGCGGCGGCGGAUUAGAGUCAUUGUAUCAUCGUCAUCGUCGGACAGCGACUGCGAGGUGGAGCUGCCCAGCCUUGGCGGUAUGAAGGUGAAGUGGCAGCAGCAGGGGGGCAUGUUGGGGAGCCCACGUGACAAAGGAGGACCCCGCACGUCCCCCCCCAUCGGCAGCACCCUCCCCGCGUCGUCCCCUCCGCUCAGUCAAUGCUCGACUGCGUCCAUGGAUCUGUUUGCGUCGCAGUCGGAGGGCUCCGUGUGGGGCCGGCAUGGGCCAAGCAGCCCUGGCGAUCGAGACGGCGCCGAGGGGCGCGCGGAGGUCGCAGAGGCCACGGGGUUGACGACCUCUGCCGGUCGUCGGCAACCUUUGAACUGUGACCCUGAGUCAGGUGGGGAGGGCAACAGCGCAGCAGAGCCAAGGUCAAGGAGAGACGGCAUUUUGGAGAACGAGAGCGAGUCGACCGUCAUCUGGGCGUCUCAGGACGUCGACUCUGAGAUGAAGCAGGAGCUGAUGCGGAACCUGCACGAGAUGGGGGAUGAGAUCGCCGCUUUGGAGGCCGCCCUGGAGGACGAAGACGACUGCGUCCCCUUGCCUCCCUCUCCUCCCACACCUCCCUCGCUUUGCUCUCGUUGGAAAGUCGGCUCGCGCGGACAGACGGCCGCCCAGACGACCUCGCACCGGGAUGACGGAAACGGUGGCUGCGAAUUGGCCGGCGCUUUGUCGCGUCGCGUGCCGGUCGGCGCCGUCGACCGUGGAUCUGGAGGACAUGGCGGUCGGGGAGCCGCCUCGCCAUCGUGGGAGGCCGAGCGCUCCGACACGCUCUCGGACGCCCGGUGCUACGUAGACACUGCUGCCUCGCACGGCGGCGCUAGCGUUACUUUUUCCGAUGUCGCUCACCGUGCGGAGAGGCUCGUUGACGUCGGCAGCACGAAAGAAUCCAGCGGGAAUCCUCGGCGCUUGUGCCUCGUCGCGUCCGGGCUGAGCAAGCGGGAUGCGCUGGUGGUCGAGCGGUUUUCACAUCAGGCCGGCGGUUGCUUCCAGUCGCACUUCUCUCCUGAAACGACUCACGUGCUCAUGCAGACAGGUGGCAGCCUGGUUUGUGAGCGCACGUUGAAGUAUUUCCUGGGCAACGCAGGACAUUGCUGGGUCCUCACCUUCUCUUGGGUGGAAGAAUGUCUGCGUCAAGGCUGCAUCGUGGAUGAGGCCCCGUUUGAGAUUCAGGGCGACGUAGUGAAUGGUCCCGACCACUUGGGGCCCCGUCGGUCACGGCUUGCAACUCUGAAGCUGCUGCGGGAGUUUGAGAUCUGCUGCUACGGUGCCUUCAAGGAGAUGACCAAAGCGGAACUUGAGUGUCUGGUUCAGAUGAGCGGAGCCGUGCUUGUGAAGGAACCGAGUGCUUUCUCCUUCCAUCCGAACUUUGUGCCGCUGCUGGUCGUGCAGCCCGACGCCAACCCGGCCGGCAUGGACUUCACAGCCCUGCACCGCCUCUACAGCGCCCAGAUGGUGACGCGCGAGUGGGUUCUGGACUGCAUCGCCACGCACCGUGUGCGUCGUCUCAACGCAUACCUCCUGUCCCCCCACACCGCGCCUCGCCAGGAGUCCCCAUAGCCGCCCCGGUGUGCCAAACCGUGCCGCCCCUCCCCCACCGCUGCCAUCCCGGGGAUGCUGUCCGUCGACCCCCAGCGACGGCACCCCCCGUCCCCCCUCUCCUCCUGUCCGUCCGUCCGUUCGAUCGAUAUUUCCUUUGAAGCUACGCGAUUCGUAGUGGUACCCUUCUCACCCUGGUUGCCCGCCACCAGACCAGAGCAUUAACGGUAACGUCCUGGACCUAAUUUCUUUUCCCUGAAUAUUUUCCGGGUUGCCGGCAUCGAUGGGAGUGGACGUCCACGUGACUCGUCGUAGCCACAGCCAUAACGAGAGGUAUAUACUAGAUGUUUGUGUGCGGGGUGCAGGUGUAUUUUGUGUUCAGACAAACGGAGCUGAAAGUCUUAAGUUCUGCUUGUAACGUCCGGAGCCGCGCUUCACGUGUCGGUGGGACGGCAGGUCGUGGCGAUUGCUCGCGAGAGAGUGCCCGCUGACCUGUGGGAAAAUCGCCACGGUCAUUCGUGUACGGCGGAAACUGUCGUCAUGUGUGCCGUGGCUCUAUACCCAGGGGUGUUACCCCACUCUUUCCUUCACUUGAAUAUGCGUGUUGUAUGUUAACCUUAAGUGGGUUUUUUUUGUUGUUGCUUUAAUUUAUAAUGAUAACAUUCCAUUUUUGUGACCAGCAGAGGCUGAAUAAAUCUCAAGGACUCUUUUGUAUUUUCACGAGGGGGUCCUCCGUGGGAUGUUUUGUUCA